GGCCAAGACAGUGGACUCAAGGAACAGUAGUACAGUGACAGAGUUCAUCCUUGUAGGAUUUGAGCAGAGCUCCCCUUCCACUCAGGCAUUGCUCUUCACCCUCUUCUUGGUCCUCUACAGCCUCGCCAUGGCCAUGAAUGGCCUCAUCAUCUUCAUCACAUGGACAGACCCGAGACUCAACAGCCCCAUGUACUUCUUCCUUGGCCACCUAUCGUUCCUGGAUGUCUGCUUCAUCACCACCACCAUCCCACAGAUGUUGGUCCAUCUGGUGGUCAGGAGCCACACUGUCUCCUUCACCUCCUGUUUGACACAAAUGUAUCUGGUUUUUGGUGUGGGUGUGGCUGAGUGUAUCCUCUUGGCUUUUAUGGCCUAUGACCGUUAUGUUGAUUGCCACUCACUUAACUAUGCCCAGAUCAUGAGCCGGCAGGUCUGUGUCAGUCUAGUGGGUACUUCCUGGAUCUUUGGGAUGGUCAAUGGCAUACUCCUUGAUUACAUGACAUUUCGAGGUCCAUUCUGUAAAGACAACCACAUUGAAAACUUCUUCUGUGAAGCUCCCAUAGUGAUCUCCCUCUCCUGUGGGGACCAACAGUUUAGUCUGCUGGUGAUCUUUGCUGAUGCCAUUGUGGUGCUACUCAGCCCAAUGGUGCUCAUUGUCACCUCUUAUGCCCGCAUUCUGGCCUCUAUCCUCAGCAGAGCCUCCUCUUCAGGUCGGGGGAAGACCUUCUCCACUUGUGCCUCCCACCUGACUGUGGUCACCUUUUUCUACAUCUCGGCUAUGUUCUCAUACAUGAAUCCCCGCAGCACACAUGGGCCUGACAAGGACAAGCCUUUCUCCCCUUACACCAUCAUCACCCCCAUGUGCAACCCUAUCAUCUACAGUUUCCGCAAUAAGGAAAUGAAGGGGGCCAUGAGGAGGGCCCUUGGGAGAACCAGCCUGGCCCAGGCAGAGUCUGUCUAG